CACGACUUUACUCUUGAUUAUCACGACAACUAAAAGUCAUAUUCGAAUUUGCCAUCAUGUUCAAAGCUGUAAUUUUUCUUGGUCUUGCCGCACAGGCCGCAGCGUACGGUUCAUACGUGGCCAAGAUUCCCAAUGGCGACAAAGUCGAGGGCGUCGGUGCCAUCGGACACACCAACCCGUCGGGAGGCGGCCCUCGGAACCCGUUUGGACUGGCGUUCGAUGAGGCCGACAAUGCGUGGACAACUGAGUUGUGUAAAGCAGAUUCGGACACCGAUGGUGCCACCAACGGCGAAGAACUCGGCGAUCCUUGCUGCACGUGGAAGGUCGGAACAACUUUGAGCACUGCAAAGGCCACCCACCCUGGCAAGGCCGACACUUUCACCCCCGAUCAACUCAAGUCGCUCAAGUGUAUUACUGGUGGUUCUGGCAACGCAACCAACGCUACCACCACCUCCAGUCCGUCAGGUACUGCGGCCACCCCCUCGGCGACGCCCACUGCGAGCAGUGCUGCGUCAUUGUCCGGCGCCAUGUUGACUGGCGCUGCUGUUGCAAUUGCUAUGGCGAUUCAACAAUAGACGGCAGCGGAGCUGCACUUCCAUAUAAUACUAACUACUGCACGUGUAUGUGUACCUCCGCACAUUGUGGCAUGGUAUUAACAGGAAGAACUGUUAAUCAAUUGACAUGCGCGUCAUCAAAUAUUCAAC